AUGGCCACGCAGACAAUGACUAUGCGAACGCAGGUGAAGGUAGGCAAGAAUGAAAAGCUGCCACCUGAAAGCGAAAGGUUCGCAGCAGCUUGCGUCGAUAUAGCGAACGCUCUGAUCCAGGAGUAUGAUGCCCUCCACGAUGACUCCAAGCCCAAGAAAGACAUCAAUCUGAACAGCCUCCGCGGUCAAGUCGCAAAGAAGCACAGACUCAGCCAGCAGCCGCCAUUGACCGCGAUUCUGGCGGCUGUUCCUGAGAACUACAAGAAAGCUGUGAGCCAGAAACUAAUAGCCAAACCCAUCCGGACAGCGUCUGGUAUUGCAGUUGUUGCAGUCAUGUCUAAACCCCACAGAUGUCCACACAUCGCAUACACCGGCAACAUUUGCGUUUACUGCCCAGGUGGGCCAGACUCCGAUUUUGAGUACUCAACGCAGUCAUAUACCGGCUACGAGCCUACCUCAAUGCGAGCGAUCCGUGCACGCUAUGAUCCAUUCGAGCAGGCAAGAGGAAGAGUAGAUCAAAUCAAGUCACUGGGACAUUCUGUGGACAAGGUUGAGUAUAUCGUCAUGGGUGGUACUUUCAUGUCUCUUCCACAGGACUACCGCGACAACUUCAUCUCACAACUACACAACGCUCUGUCGGGCUAUCAGACAGAAAACGUUGAUGAGGCUGUUGCUGCCGGCGAGAUGUCGAGCAUCAAAUGUGUGGGCAUCACCAUCGAAACUAGACCCGACUACUGUCUGGAUACACAUCUCUCCGAUAUGCUACGGUACGGUUGCACCCGACUCGAGAUUGGUGUUCAGUCGCUGUACGAGGAUGUUGCUCGAGAUACGAAUCGGGGACAUACUGUCGCGUCGGUUGCGGAAACAUUCAAGCUGUCCAAGGAUGCCGGAUUCAAGGUUGUGUCACACAUGAUGCCCGAUCUGCCGAAUGUAGGCAUGGAAAGAGAUGUCUUCCAAUUCGAGGAGUACUUCGAGAAUCCCAACUUCCGAACAGACGGCCUCAAGAUCUAUCCCACCUUGGUCAUCCGGGGUACUGGUUUAUAUGAGCUUUGGCGAACUGGUCGCUACAAGAACUACACACCGAACGGGCUGGUUGACCUCGUUGCCCGCAUUCUGGCAUUGAUUCCUCCUUGGACCCGCAUCUACCGCGUACAGCGCGACAUUCCAAUGCCGCUAGUUACGUCUGGCGUCGAAAAUGGCAAUCUACGUGAAUUAGCGUUAUCAAGAAUGAAGGACUUUGGCACAACCUGCCGUGAUGUGAGGACGCGAGAAGUCGGCGUCAACGAGGUCAAGAACAAGAUUCGUCCUUCUCAGGUCGAGUUGGUACGUCGAGACUAUGCUGCCAACGGCGGAUGGGAGACAUUCCUCGCCUACGAAGACCCAAAGCAAGACAUUCUCAUUGCUCUGCUGCGGCUGAGAAAGUGCAGCGCGACGCAUACUUUCCGACCUGAGCUCACGGCCCAACAGACCAGUCUUGUUCGGGAACUGCACGUCUACGGCUUGGCUGUACCAAUUCAUGGGCGAGAGAAAAGCAAAUUUCAGCACCAAGGCUAUGGAACAUUACUCAUGAAGGAAGCUGAACGCAUCGCCCGGGAUGAACACGGCAGCACGAAGCUCAGCGUCAUCAGCGGCGUCGGUGUUCGAAGCUAUUACGAGCGUCUUGGGUAUCAUCUCGAUGGCCCCUACAUGAGCAAGGGGUUGAACUGGGACGACGACAGCGAUGAGGACUGA